AUGUCGAGCACGGUCAAGCCUGUUGCUAAGCAGCCACCGAGAAAGUGGCUGGUUAGAUGCCCAGGAUGCGAGAAGGAUAUCACGAAGACAGAUGCGCUGAAAGGGGAUGCCGUUUAUGUGCUCGGACGCAUAUGGCACUUGCAACACCUGACCUGCAAAAUAUGCAAGACUUCACUAAGUGAGACUGGCUGCCAUGCUUCACCAUUAGAUGCAAGUACACCAAUAUGCACAGACUGUUAUAUGGAAGGUCAACAUCCUUGUUGUUUCAGCUGCCACUUGCCGCUACGUGAAACGUGCUUGAUUGCUGGACGAAAGAAGUACCAUCAUGAAUGUUUUCGCUGUUAUAGAUGCCGCGGAGCCAUGCCAAAUGGAGAAUAUUUCCUAUGGAACGGUAAUCCAUUUGAUGAGGACUGCUUCUACUUGCUGAGAUGCAUCCGAAAAAGCGGAAGCACAUUUUGAUGUAGAGAAGGUUGUGGAACUUGGAUGUCUGUACCUGACAAUAAAGAUUCACC